AAUAAAAAAUUCGUGAUGGGAAUGGGAAGGUUUUCUUUUCUGCAAGCUAUCGUUGUUUUCGUAUUUGUGGCUCAUAGUACGCAUAUAUAUGUGGCCUCUCAAUUUAGUACUGGUAUCAAAGUACUUCAUUAUGGACCCUAUCAAAUCGGUGACACUUAUCGAGGACUAUGUGACGUAGAAUUACCUCCUGAUGAUAAUAUAACAAACGUGGAUGCAUAUUGGAAAUUUGGGAAUACUGACUAUUGUCACAACGGUCAAAAAGUAUUGCUAAAUAGAAACUAUACAUGCAAUGCAACUACAGUACAGAAUACAACUGCCUUUGAACUACGAAUUCCAGUUCUGACAUUACACGACGCUGGUACAUACUUUUGUAAAGUAAAGCAUAACACAAAAGGGGCUACUACAACUUUUUCUGAUAAUGUUACAGUCAUAGACCCUUCCAUCACAACACCAGAAUCAACAACAGUAACUACUCUUAGUGGCAGGGACGACACAGGAGGAGCUGCCUCAGUAGAAACCAAAUUUCUAUCAACUGUCUUCAUCAUGCUGUCAGCUUCUCUAGUUUAUAUUUGA